CAGGGCGUCUGCGUCAUAAUGUCUAGCACUAAGCAGUCUCUACUAAGAAGUUAAACAAUGUACUAUUAUUGAUUUGCAUUGAAUUACAUCCGUUGACCCAAAAGGUGUGCUUAGAUUAGCAGGCUAUGCAUUUACCCGGACAGCAGGUGUGUUACCUGUGGCACCUCCAGGAAAUAGGAAGCUCUGACAGACACGGGACUUCCUCUGUGAUUACUCCAUAGCCACACCGCACAAACGCAAUCAACAUGGCUUGCCGGGAGGGCGUAAGGGCGAGGGGGCAAACCUUUAUUUGAUCCUUCAAAACCAGAUUUAUUAUUCGGUAAGUUCUGCAAUCCCGCUUUAUGAGAUUCCAGCAACAACCACAACAACAACACCGGGGCCGCAACAGCCAAGAUUCAGAGACAGCGGCAUUCCCCAUGUACCUUCUCCUGGCAUGAUCGGCUUCCUGAUCACAAGAGCUGCGUCUUAUUUCCCAUUCCAGUGAGUGACUGCGCACGACUUUCCCCAUCAGCGCGGGGGCAUUGACGCAUUGUGGAGUCGAAAGGGGGGGUAGCACUAGUGCCAACCCCGGCUGCGCUAACACACGCAUCUAGGAUGAGCGAAACCGCGAUGGCCGGGGUGCAGCUCGAGACGGAGCCGGAGGACGACCACCAGCAGCCCGAGAACGGCUUCGUGUCCCCCGAAGCCACAGCCACGCCGGGGCUGCUGACACGCAUCGACGGCUGUGUGCUCCCGUUCCUCGGGGGAUUCGGGAAGUACCAGAGACAGCUCAUCGUGCUGACAUGGAUCCCAGCGCUGUUCAUUGGAUUCAGCCAGUACUCUGAUAAUUUCCUGCUCGCCCAGCCCAACAUCACAUGUGUCGUACCCGUGGCUAACACGACCAAUUUAUCCAAAAGUCAUUCGGCGUUGUUUCAAGGUCCACACAAUAGCAGCAGAAGCAGUACGCGUUCAUCUUUUAUAUACGCUAAUGGGAGUUAUGGCACUCGCAAUGACAGCAGCAGCAUGCAGUGCCACUGCACGGAGUGGACGUUUGAGCUGCAGACCGGACUGGUACGGAAUGUGGUUACCAAGUGGGGUCUCGUGUGCAACUCUGCGUGGAAAGUCCACAUUGCAAAGUUCUCUCUUCUCGUUGGGUCCAUCUUUGGAUACCUGGUCUUUGGGGUCCUUGCAGACUGGUUCGGCCGCCACCCGGUGCUCAUCAUAUCGGUGCUGUUCAUGCUGGUGUUCGGGCUGACGGUGGCGUUCUCCGUCAACGUCCCCAUGUUCAGCACCCUGCGCUUCUUUGAGGGCUUCUGCCUGGCGGGGAUCACCCUGUCUCUCUUCGUACUGAGUAAGUCCUUCCUUCCUUCCUUCCGUCCGUCCGUCCGUCCGUCCGUCCGUCCGUCCGUUUGUCCGUCCUUCCUUCCUUCCUUCCUUCCUUCCUUCCUUCCUUCCUUCCUUCCUUCCUUCCUUCCUUCCUUCCUUCCCUUGUCCACUGCCACCUUUCUCUCGGUGAGCCUGCUGCAGUCAGGUAUGCCUCUUGAUGGACGAAUGCAGGCGAUUCCCAAACGGCUAUUCAUUAUUCAAGUGUGUUCACAGUUGGAAACUGGAAAUAAAACAAUUUGUAUUCCUGUGUGUGUGUGUGUGGUUCCUGCUUGGUUUGCAGUGCGCUCCGAAUCGCUGAAUAGGAACUUCUCCAUUGCCUUUUCCAUCAUCGGCAUGUUCUCGUCCCACGCUGUCAGCAACCUGAGCAUCUUUUUUUGUGCUGAGAUCACCCCCACCGUCAUCAGGGGCGGAGGUGUGGGCCUGGUCCUGGCCAGCGCAGGCUUCGGCAUGCUCACCGCGCCGAUCAUGGAGCUCCACAACCAGAAGGGCUACUUCCUCCACCACAUUAUCUUCGCCUGCUGCACCCUCAUCUGCAUCAUCUGCAUCCUGCUGCUGCCCGAGACGCGCUUCCAGCCCCUCCCUGAGACGCUGGCCGACGGCGACUGCUACACGCGCCAGCCCCUGCUGCCGCCGCCCAGGAAACCCGGGGAACAGCACCACCUGCUGGGCGCGUCCCAGGGCAGCAGGGACUACAUCCGGGUGCACGACACGCCCCCGCCGCACAAGGCGCCCGCCACCGUGGUCUCCACCCUGGACUCCACCGCCUCGUCGGCCGUGGACCUGGCGGCGGCGCCGUCCGUCAGCAACCUGGUCGCCAUGGAGGUGCACCCUGGCAAGGCGGACGGCAGGGACCCCAACGGCCACUCCUACUGCUCCCUGCCCAUGACGCCGCUGGCCUCCUCCUCGCUGGACAAAGAGAGCGUCGUGCGCGCCGGCCAGGAGCAGCGGCUGUCCUCCACGCCGCUGCGAAAGAAGCCCUGCGUCACCGACCCCCUGCUGUCCGGCGCCGGAGACCCCGGGGACGCCGUCAAGCCGUCGGACAUCACGGUCAUCACCCGGCUGAACGGCAAGGUGGACCCCUCGCGCGGCCCCCGGGCCGGGUCGCCCCCCGUCCCCGUCCUGAAGCCCGGCCCCCCCGUCGCCGGUGGACGCCCGCGGCCCCCCGUCGCCCCUCCCGGGGGACUGCAGCCCCCCGCCCCCCCCCCCCCCCGCUGCUGCCCAGCCCCGGCUCGGCUCCCCGUUGGGGCCCCCUGUCACUCUGGUCCGAGGGCCCCAAGCCCCCCCACACCCCAGGCCCCCGCUGCUCCCAGAGGCCGGCCCCGAAGCCGCCGCCGCCGGCCCGGCUCCGCCGAUGCACGACCGCCGUUCUCCUCCUCGCUCUGCCUCUCCCCCAGCUCCUGCUGCCUCUCCUCCUCCUCCCCCUUCCCCUACUCCUGCUCCCUCCCCGCCCCCCCACCGUGAGGCCCUGGUGCCCGGUGCCGCGGAUCCACAGCCCGCGGAGGGCCCCACCGACCCCCUCGUCGAGGUAGAUUGCCUCCCGGCGGAGGAGCCCGAACUCCCACCCGCACCCGCACUAAUCACCCUCCCUCCCCCUCCUCCCACCUCCUCCUCCCCCCUCCCAACGAGAGACUCCCCCACACCGCCGCCUCCCAUAGACUCUGUCCAACCCCCGCCGUUGGACUCCACUCCUCCUUCUCCUCCUCCUCCUCCUUCUCCUCCUCCUUCUUACAUGGAGGCCAUUCAUGGUGGAGCUCCUCCCCUCUCCCCUCCUCCCUCCCCUCCUCCCCCCCCCUCCUCCUCUUACCUGCACGCCCCCCCUCCCCACCUCCCUCUCCACCCAUCGAGGCCCACCCCGCCCCGCCAGCGGACGCCCCCGCCCCCCCUCCCUCCGACCCCUUCGCCCCCGUUCCGUCGCCAUCGGUGGUCCUCCCCAUCACGGACAGCGUCCACGCGUCGCCUCCGGAGCCGGCCGAUGUCGCGACUGUCACGUGCCAGGGGCCCGCGGGGCCCUCGCCGGGCCUCCUGCCAGACCCUCACAGCGUGGACCCGGCCGUCGCUGAGACGGCAGAACAGCCUUCCACAGCGGAGGAGAUGAAGAAGAAGGAGAAGGUGGAGGAGGAGGAGGAGAAGGAGGAGGAGCCUGCCUCUCAAAUUGAAUGCACUGUCUCCUCCCCUAUUGACUUGGGGGCCCUCCCCCUUAGGGACUCUGGCAGCACAGAGAACAACACCUUGAACGGGGAGCUGUCGUCGUGAGGUUUCCCAUGAGGCAGUGUUCCAAAACAGGAAGAAUGUUCACUUCCUGUUUUCGGUUGGAAGAGAAUGUCUGGACAGGAAGAAGGGGGGGGGGGGGUUGGGUGGAAACAGUCAGAGGGCGACUCAGUGGGGGCGCGAGGCGAGGUCGGGUGUUCAGCGCACUGCUGCGGGCUACAGGCCGCCCAACGAAGACUUCUGGAGAAGCCCAGUGACGGGAGUCGGUAAACAGGUGGUGCACUUUUGUUACUCUUCACCCUCACGGCAUUCAGCCAGUGAACGGAGACGACGCAAGUGGGGUUGCAGUUGCUGAGAGGCUGUGCAGUGAUCGUGACGGUAAACGUUUUGCAAUGCUGAUAUCACCAGCCCAUGAACUACAUGAAAAUCAACGAGAAUCACUGUCUGUCGUUUUAAAGACUUGGA